GAGUCUCUUCAUUCACUAUUUCAGUUUCGUAAUUAUAUAGCCGAAAAAGUUUUCAUAACUUUUGAAGAGUAUUAAAUCUCAAAAUGUCUGCAAGAAGAGCUCUUCAUUUUGUUUUCAAAGUCGGUGAUAGAAAAGAUACUAUCAAAUUUUAUACUGAAGUGUUAGGAAUGAAGGUGCUGAGACAUGAAGAAUUUGAAGAAGGAUGUAAAGCUAGCUGCAAUGGACCAUAUGAUGGAAAAUGGAGUAAAACAAUGAUAGGAUAUGGGCCUGAAGAUGAUCACUUUGUUGCUGAAUUGACUUAUAACUAUGGCAUUAAAUCUUAUAAACUGGGAAAUGAUUUUAUUGGUAUAACAAUUCAUUCAAGUGACAUUUUAAAAAAUGCUGAAACUAAAGGAUGGCCUACAAAAAAAGAUAAUAAUGUUGCCAUUCUUGAAGCUCCUGGUGGUUAUAAGUAUUUUAUUUGUGACCAACAGAAAUCAAACUCUGCAGAUCCAGUGCAGAAAGUUUCUUUGGCUUGUUCUAAUUUACAGAAAUCUAUAGAUUAUUGGAAUGGUCUCUUGGGAAUGAAAAUAUAUGAAAAAACAGACAGUUCUGUAACUUUAGGUUACGCUGAUACACAGUGUAAACUCGAAUUAAAAGACAUUGGUGGCCCAGUCAACCAUGAACAAGCAUUUGGCAGAAUUGCUUUCUCUUGUCCAACUUCUGAAUUGGCUGGUAUCCAAGAUGCUGUCAAGAAUUCUGGCUAUAAAAUUCUGACUCCUCUAGUGAGUUUAGACACUCCUGGUAAAGCCACUGUUCAUGUUGUUAUAUUGGCUGAUCCGGAUGGCCAUGAAAUAUGCUUUGUUGGAGAUGAAGCUUUCCGAGAAUUAUCAAAAGUUGACCCUAAAGGAGAAGGAUUGUUAAAGGAAGCUAUUGAUGCUGACAAGAGUGAUGAAUGGUUUGCAAAGAAAGGAUUAUCAAAAGUUGAAAAGUGAUUGCAUACAUAAAUGAAGAAAAAAGGAUUGAAAAAAGUUCUUCUCAAUGAACAUUAUUUGCAAUUAGAAAUUGAGAUUAUUACUUAAUUGUACUUCAACAUUUGCUACUCUUGAUCUGAAUCCUUUUGAUACAAGUAUUGCUUUUUAAUCAGUUUUUCAUUAUAUAUCAUAAAUAUAUUGAACAUAUUGUUAAAUCAAUUACUUAUUAUUUGUUAUUUUACUUUUUU